AUGAAUUCUCCAGAAGACGAUGGUCUGAAUGAAUUCGGUCUCCCAAGGAAGCCACCGAUGACACCGCCCGGUCCUGCACCGAUUUCUGAUGAUGAGGAGGAGAAUGAUGGACGAGAGAGAAUCGGUCCAAAAACACCGCCAGAACCCGCUCCACAAAGUUCCCAAGAAAGUGACGGCGAGAUCUCAAGUGAUGACGGCGAACUCCACCAAUCCGUCCCCCAGACACCAGCUAAGCAGACCCCAGUCGUCGUCGCUAAGCCUCCCCCAAGACCACAGUAUCACCAUAAGCCACGCCCACCACCACAACAAUCUAAGCAGCGCCCAGAGGUAGCUGCUAAGCCACGUCAUGACAUGUCACGAGAACUCUCAUUCCCCCAUUUGGCAAUGAAGAAAAGUCUGGAAAUGUUGGAAUUAAACGAGAGAAAUGGUCUAUCGAUUACCGAUGAUCAACUCGUUGAUCUCGUGAUCGACGCGAUUCAAAUCGAUAAAUCACUCGACAAAUUAAUCGAUAAACGCUCUGAAAUGAUGCGUGAAAUGACGGAAAUCCGGGAUUCUGAAUUCCAAAAAAUCAAGAGAAUCCAUGGUAGAAUGCCACGUCAUAUGCAAGAUGUCAUUCAAUUCGACGGUCAGAAUGUUCUAAUUUCCAAUGAGCCGCCCAUGAUGGCUCCCCAUCGGGGAGGAUAUGGACCCCCGAUGCCUCCACCACCUCAAUGGGCGGUCCCUCCACCACCACCAUUCACCGCCGGACCGCCCCCACCAUUCGUCGCUCCGCCCACUUUCUCGGCGCCACCACCGAUGGCCGCGGCGGCUCCGCCCCCGAUGUUCUCGAUGCCACCACCGCCGUUGGCAUUCCAGGCGCCACCGCCCGUCAUCGCUCAAGAGUAUUUCACGCCUCCGCCGUCCAAGAAACCGGCGGCGAUCAAUUUGUCAAAUAUGUUGACCAACGCGUUGAAAGCGCAGAUUUGUCAGGUCCAAACCUCGGCAAGCACCACUACACCAACCAAACAGUCCGUGCCAUCACUUAUGAGCAUCAACAUUCCAGGACCUUCGGGAUCUCACUAA